AUGUGUCAAUGCACUAACACGUGGCAAGCACACGCCGUACCAGCACAACUCUUGUCCGAGUCCCGUUUGGCGCUUGAAACGGCUCUUCCCUCCGGUCCAGUCCAGUUCGGCACGAAGUGGUUUUGCGGUUUUGUGAAAAGUCAACUACCAACACCUCUUCCGACCUCGACUUGGUACAGCUUUCGUGGCUCUUGGCGCUCCUCGCCUCGCACCAGCCGCGUCAACGCCCAGCCACUUGAGCCUGGACCACUUUGUGCCGCACGCCUGUUGCCAUGA